CUCUUCGAAUACGUUUUACAACUGCAAGGUGCGGUUGUGGACUGUUAUAGAUAAUGAUUGCUUAAUAUUCUCAUCAAAUUCGGAUUCUUAUACUGUUAUAGGGUAGUAGUUUUUUGCGUUUUUAAGGGAAGGGGUGGAGGUUAAUAAUUUUGUUAUACAUAAUCAAGAACAAUUAAGACGUAACAUGUACUAUAAAGGGCCAGUUUAGCGUACAGUGAACUCACUAAUCAGAAGUGAUGAUAUAUCUCACCUAGGAAAUGACUGCUUAGCUAUUGCGUUCAAAUGUCCCUUUUUCUCCCGCCUUUCACAACUUUUCACAGGUGAGAGUCUUAUAGAGUGGGGUUGAGAAAAUGAUAUUAUGGCAUAAAGCACCCAACAACCAUUAGGUGUAGCAUCAACAUGAAUUUAUCUUCUGCUUAAAAUCCCUCUCUUUUAAUAUUCCAACUUCAUUCUUUUAGAAAUAACAUAAGUUCCUUUAAUAUCAAGACAUAUGACACUAAGGAUGUCUCAGAAAAGAAUGUCUUUUGAGGGAAAAGAUUAUUCCAAUCGACGCCAGCUUCUCUUAUUUCCUCUAGCAAAGCUUUGCUUCUUCGUAGUCGUCUUGUCAUCUAUCUUGCCUCAUGCAGAUGCAUUUGAUCCAUUGGAUCCAUUUGGUAACAUCACAAUAAAAUGGGAUGUCAUGUCUUGGACGCCAGAUGGCUAUGUAGCUGUAGUAACAAUGAAUAAUUUCCAAAUGUAUCGGCACAUUAUGAGCCCCGGGUGGACAUUAGGGUGGAACUGGGCAAAGAAAGAAGUAAUAUGGUCCAUAGUGGGAGCACAAGCAACAGAACAAGGUGACUGCUCCAAGUUUAAAGGAAAUGUACCACAUUGUUGCAAGAAGGAUCCUGUAAUUCUGGACUUGCUUCCUGGAGUUCCUUACAACCAACAAUUCAGCAAUUGCUGCAAAGGUGGUGUUAUGGCAUCUUGGGGCGAAGAUCCUUCCGAGUCAGUUUCUUCCUUCCAGCUUAGUGUUGGACUUGCUGGAACAUCAAACAAGACGGUUAAACUACCCAAGAAUUUCAGUCUACUUGGUCCAGGACCAGGCUACACUUGUGGCCCUGCUAAGAUAGUUCCAUCCACUGUUUUCCUCACUGCAGAUCACAGGCGAAAAACUCAAGCAUUGAUGACCUGGAAUGUGACAUGCACCUAUUCUCAGUUUCUGGCGUCCAAGUACCCGAGUUGUUGUGUUUCUUUCUCAACUUUCUACAACGACACCAUCACUCCUUGCCCAACCUGUGCUUGUGGUUGCAGUCAUAAACACAACUGCAUCAUGAGCGACUCUGAGAAACUGAAAAAGAAGGGAAUAAACACUCCAAGAAAAGAUAAUGAGCCAUUGCUACAAUGCACCCACCACAUGUGCCCAAUACGCGUGCAUUGGCACGUUAAGAUCAAUUACAAGGAUUAUUGGCGAGUCAAGAUUGCUAUCACUAACUUUAACUACAGACUGAACUAUACACAUUGGACACUUGUGGCACAACAUCCUAAUCUCAAUAAUGUGACUCAAGUUUUCAGCUUCAACUACAAGCCUCUCGUGCCAUACCAAUCCGUUAAUGAUACUGGCAUGUUCUAUGGCAUGAAAUUUUACAAUGAUCUCUUGAUGGAAGCUGGACCUGCAGGGAAUGUUCAGUCUGAGGUGCUUAUGCAAAAGGAUAAGGAGUCGUUUACGCUAAAGUCUGGAUGGGGAUUUCCCCGGAGAGUCUACUUCAAUGGAGCUGAAUGCAAACUUCCUCCUCCGGAUUCAUACCCAACUUUGCCCAACUCUACUGAAAAACAAUCAAUUUCAUUUUCACGCACAGUAAUUUGCAUGAUUUUGAUGAUUUUCCUAACCGGGUAAUGGCAAAAACAUUCCUAGAAUGGAAGCAACAACAGAUUCUGCUGGCCCUUCUGAUAAUAUUAAGACUUUGUUCCAUUAUUGAAAGAGCUUGCUUAGGUUGGUUUUAUAUUGCAUGCAUGUAGAGAGAACAGUGAGAUUGCACCUUGUCUAUUUUGUUGUAUAUCUGGAGAUAGCAUUUCACUUA